GUGAGUGAGAGCAGGAUAACCUAGUUUGUCUCAUUCGCAUUUCAGAACGCAACCCCUUAUUAUAUUAAUCGCGAUUUAAGAUAGACAGUCUAUCUUAAAUCAUGAUAUUAGUAUAGAAGUGGCCUAUCCAUUCUUAUAUUAUCUAUGAUUAUCCUAUAGUUUUAUCAUUAUCAAUCCAUAAUGAACCUGUGUUGAUUUAGUCACUUCAGAUAAGAAACAUUUUAAUUAUUUGUUAAUAUUUAUAAUAAUAACAAUAAUAAUCAUAAUACAAAGAAAUUGUUUGGCGUCGUCCUUUACUUGCAAUAACGUUCUCGCUUUCAAAACCGACGAAUGUCGGAAUAGUUUACAAAUACGGUAAGUCCUAUAUUAUUUUUCCAUAAUUUACAUACACACGCGAAUAAUAUAUUAUACUUCAUGUAAAUUGUUUGUAUGUUUGUAAAUGUGCUUAGAAUUAAAUUUAAUUGUACUCAACUGUGCUUGGAUACAAAAUUAAUCUGUGGUGUUUCAUGACAACAUAAUUUUGUUUUGUAUUAGAGGUUGGUGAUUUACUAUCGUAAGGGUUCGAGCAAGGUUCACCAUGUCUACCGAUAAAUUUUACAUAAAAUGGGACAACUAUUUAUUAAACAUGUUAUCCGAAUUGGACAGCCUCCGUACCAGUGAAGACUUGGUAGAUGUCACUCUGUCGUGUGGUGGACAAUUAUUCAAAGCCCAUAAAGUAGUGUUAUCCAUGUGCAGUUCUUAUUUUCGCAAUGUGUUUAAAGUAAGACAUUCAAUGUUUAUUUUUGUAUUAACAUACAUUUUUUUUUUUAUGUAAUACUUACCUAUUGGAUGUUUGUAAACAUAUAGUUUUUAGCUAUCAGUACUUUACCAAACAGCCUUUGUUUUUCAAUUUUUUUUAAUUUUUUUAACGCUGAUUUCGGAACUGUUUGAAUUUGUUUGAGGAAAUCAUCAUUAAAGAAGUUACGGAAGUUUGAAGUUCGUCGUUAAUACGGUUUUAGUUUUUAUACCUGUUUAUUUUAUAACAUUUUAUUUAGAAUUGACCGUGGCGCAUUGGGCAACGCGCUAAGGCGGGUUCCCACAGCGCGUUGUUCAGCGAGCUUAGCGCAGUGCGUUUAUUGUACCGAGCUUACACACUAUGCUCGGAAUAACACGAGUCUAAAAUGUCUAGAUACAUUAUUUGCGUGGUGUGUGACUUGACAAGCCACGAGCUCAUCCAAGCUGAUCCGAGCUCCCCCCAAAAUGCAUUAAAAUAAAAAUUACUUAUGAGCAAGUUCGGCGAAUCGCACGCCAGUUAGAACGCUGUUCAAAUGCUCGGCUCGUUUUCUUUGGAGCGAACACAACUUACCGACAAUUUUCGGAUAGCCACGAACAUGGCCGUGCGAGUCUAGGACACUUCGCCGAAACCAUUUCGCCACGAAAUUUUUGCCGAAACAAUAUCGCCAAUGGGCCGAUUCGUCACAAACAAUUCGCCGUUAGCCUUUUCGCCGACGGACUUAUUUUCUUUAGUUGUACUAAGUGGUCAAGUCUGGCGUCGAAAAGGAUGGUUUCGUGGCCGAGAUAUACCGCGCUUAGGGUCCUUAUUACAAUAGUGGUUUAAGCUUGAUCAGGAGUUUAAACCUAGAUAAAAUGGAAAAUACCCUAUUACAAUUGACCAUCCGUGGUUUAAACCGAAGUUAACUCACUGAUUAUUAAACCACCGAUUUCUAGACGAGCAAGAGCCAUUUUCAUGGCGCGUGUAGUGUACCGAGCCUGCAUAUUUUGCGCGAAGCUCGCCAAGCCACGCUCCGUGGGAAACAGCCUAUUUUUUUCUAAAAAAAAUUUUGUUUACCCUGUACUUACCCGACGUGUGCAAAAAAACAAAAAAAAAUUUAAAAAUUAAACUACUCAUUGGAAUCGAAAUCUAUGCAGUUCCUAUGGCUAACGUAUCGUCCAAUGUGCCACAGUCAAUUUUAAGUAAAUGAAUAUAAAAUAAAUAGGUAUUUAGGCCAAAACCGUAGUAACGAUGAACUUCAAACUUCCAUAACUUCUUUAAUAAUGAUUUCCGUGACUUCAAUCAGUUUCGAAAUCAGCGUCAUACUCAUGUAUACAAAAAAAAAAUUGAAAAAUACAGGGUGUCCGGUAAAGUAAACUUGUUCCAGUUUUUAUUUUUAUUGUUUUUAUAGAAUAAUCCUUGUAAACAUCCAGUUGUGAUUUUGAAAGAUGUAAACCAAGAUGAUAUUAAAGCACUGCUCAAAUUUGUAUAUCAAGGCACUGUAUACGUAUCAGAGAAAAAAUUAUCAUCAUUUUUACGUACUGCUGAGCUACUUCAGAUUAAAGGUCUUGCUGGUACAGAAUCAAACAUUAAUCCUGAUUUAGUAAGUACACUAUUAAUUUGAAAUUGAUAUUUUUUUCACUUAUUGAUAGUAAUUGGUAUUUCUCUGUUUUACGAGAAUAUAAUUAUUCCCAAGACUAUCUCCAUUAUUGUGACACACAUAAUUGUACAAAAUACUUUUAUCUAUCUAACUAUGUAUCUUUUGUAGAUGCCUACUUUAUGUUUACUUUAUUUAUUAUCUAAUUCUUUUAAAAUGAAUGCUAAGUUAGUUUGAUCAUAAUAAAUUGGUACAAUUAAAUCAGUAAAUCAGAUACAAUCAGAUUGUGAAACUGUUUGAAAAGUUGUUCAUAUUAGAUAACAGAAAAGUACUUAAUUACCUAAUACCACAUUCAUCAAUAUAAUUAUAUGGUUGAUUUUUAAUAUUUAAUUUUUAAGGAAUCAACUCAAACUAGUUUAGAAAAAAAUUCUUUGUCUGCAUUACAACAGUUGUCUACUAAUAACAAUAAAGUUGAAAAACAAGAUACAUCCACUUCUACAGUGAAACCUAAUAAUUUACCUGAUUUCCCCAUUGGUAGUAAUUCUGCAAAACGAAAGAAAUGUUUUCCAGAUAUUCACACGAGUACAUCCAGUUGUAUUAAUUUUGGUAUAGCUUCAACAUCAAAAAGUCAGUGUACUUCUGACCAGUCAUUAGCGACUGCAGGUAAUGUAACCUUUUUAUACUUAAAUAUAUAUACUAAAAUGCAAGAGCGUAUAAUUGAUUUUAUGAGAAAAAACUAUAAUGCUCUUCUAUAUUGAAAAUAAAUAUAUAUUUCACGGAUUAUGGACCGUGCAGGCAACGUACAUGUUUUUGCAGGAUCCCACCUUGCCCAGAGUGGGGACUGCCCCCACUGCAGACAGAUGUACAAUAACCAAUCAUCGCUGAAGUAUCAUGUGCGUUAAAUGCAUUCGGAUUUGAUGCGCCGGCUGUGUUGUUACCUUUGUCCCUGUUCAUUUUGAUAUAGUGUAUCACGAGGCGUAUAAAACGCACAUGCGACAAGAAAACAGUGUCAGAUUGUGGUUAAUGUCCAAUUAAAUUAUAUUUGAUGUAAGUGGACAAAUAUGGUUGUCGGUCGGUCGGAGCAUGGUGUAUUGGUUUUGAUGGGGGAAGUCUCGAACACUAAAACAUUUCAAAUAUGUAUAAAUUCCUUAAUAUUAACAAUCUUAAAACAAAUAUAACACCAAUUUAUUAAUAUUAUUUGUAUAUAAUAUCGAUUGCUAAUGGCAACAUAAUAUUUAUUAACUUCGGCUUUAUGUUAAUUGCCUAACAUUAUUGAGAAAUCAUAUGUGAGUGUUGAUUAAUGAAAUAUGCACACUUGUUUAAAAUAACAAUGCAAAUCUAUUUAUGAUCCCUGUGUACAUUUCAUAUGUACAUAUAGGUGUAUAAAAACUUUAAAAGGUGUUUUAUGGAAAUUUAUUUUUGUUUAUAAUUUAAUUUUACCCUUAUAAAUCAUUUAUUCAAACUAUAAUUAUUAUUAUUGUAAGUUUCCAGUAUGUUCUAUAAAAAUAUAUAUUAUUAUGCAAUUUUCAUUUGAAAAGAAAAAUAUUUCAAGUUUUUCUUUCUUUUGGUUUCUUUGGAACAAAAUAAUUUUAAUUAAAGUUCUACAAUGAAUUUAUGAAUAUAUUUAAUCAAAAAAUUAGUAUACUAAUAUUUUAACAUUAAUUAACAAAAUAAAAAAUAUAUACUAUAAUGUUAAAGAUAUAGAAAUUUACUUUGCUAAAACCAAUAAUUUGUACACUUGAACACAAAGUUAAUUUCAUGUUAGAUUUAGUGGUAAAUAUAACGUUGAGUGCUACUUAAUAGGUUUAUCUUUUCAUUUUUGCCAACUGAAUUUUGAUCAAAUUACUAAUUACAAAUGUGUAGGAUAUAACAACUGUUAUAUUUUAUUAAUUUUUAUAAUUUUACUCUGGUCAAAUAUAAUUUAUAUUCUAAUUUAUCAUCCGUUAAAUAAAAGGCAUAUUUAUCGUUAUGUUAAACUCUAAAUUUUAGUAAUAAUGUACCAUAGUGUAUAAUUUAUGCUGUGUUAGUGUUAUUGUCUUUUUAUUAAAAUUAUUAUUAAUUGUAUGUCUUGUUAAACAUGGAUUAACAAUGAAUAAAGUAAAAGUUAUUAUUUAAUUGAUUAAAUUUAAAUAUUGUUCACAGAACAAACUAAUUAUUUUGUUUUUACCACAGAAUAAAACUUAUGGUUAACCUCAUGUAAAAAUUUGAAGCAUUUCUGAUUGGUUAGAACAAUUUUAUUGACAUCAAACUAAAUUAAAACUAAUAUAAACUCGAAAUUAUCUUAAAAAUCACCACCUUUUUUGAAAAUGCCAUCAUGUCUAGACAAUUCCAGAGCUCUACAAUUAUUUUUAUCAGAAUUAAAAUAAAAAAUCAAAAUGUAUGCAGUAUAAAAAUGUAAGCUUAAUUUUUAUAAACUUUCUAGUGUUUUCUUUUUUUCCUGUUUUUUUUUUAAAAUCAAAAAGUAACUUGCAAAUUAAUUAGGCAUAUUUUGCUUUCAGAAAAUAAUAUGCUAGACUAGGAAAUCGAAGCAAUAUAUUUGAUAAAAAUGUUAUUAAUAUACAAAAAAAAACAAAAAACGCUUUUUUAAACAUAGUAAAUACAUUUUAUAUUUUGUUUAGCUUUACUUUUACUAUUUUUUAGUAGCUGAUUUCCAGUUUUUGAGUUAGAAGUAAUAAAAUGUUUUAAUUUUUUAGUAGUGUUUGAUUUGUAAUGAUGCAUAAUUAAUUAAGAGUUUAGGAUUAAAUUUUAUGCUUAGUCAUUAAUAGAAUUUUGUCAAAUUGAAUUAAAAAUAAGUAUUAUUAAUCUAUGCAUAGGUAUUUAAAUCAAAUAAUUAUCACACAAAUAAAUGUAAUAUUAACACAUCUUCAAUAAUAUUAUUGUAAUACAUUUUAGAUUCUGAGCGGAGUGAGGAAUGUUUUUGGUUUUAUAAUGAUGUUUAUUUAUUUAUUUUAUAUAUCUGUGAACAACUUUUUUUUACUAGAUUUUUACUCAGAUUUUCAACAGUAUUAAUUUUUCUAUAAGGAAAUCUGACUGGUGUAGUACUGGAAAAUUAACGAAAUGUAUUUUUUUUUUAAAUCGUUAAUACUUAUUCCUUUAUAAACAUGCAUAAAAUAGACAGACAUUUUAAUGCAAGACUAUUAAACGCAUGUGAAAUUUUUUGAAGCAUAUCAUUUUGGCAAAACUAAAUUUAAACACAUGACAAUUAGCUUUUUUUUAAAAAUAAUUUUGGUCUUUAUUUUCUCAAAAUAAAUGUAUUAAUUGUGUAUACCAUUAUACAAAUGGUUAUCAAAUAUUAGAUGUGUUCCAAGGAUUAUAGUACUGGAAAAUACUAUAAAUAAUAUGUUCAAAAUAUUUUUUAAGAUAAUGUAUAGAUAUUAUAAACAUUCUAUAUUCUAAUAUUUUACAUUUUACAUUUUUAAACUUUUAUCUUAGGUUAUGGUUACAUGUUUUUUUUCUUUCAAAAAACACUAAGUUAGUAAAAGUCCUGAUAGUAUUUUUUUGAUACAUUUAUUGAAAUUUUCAACAACUCACCUCUUUGAUUAUUUUUCUUGUACAAUACUAUUUUAGUCAGUAAGAGAACUCUAAAUUAUUUGCAUUGUAUUUUAAUAGAAGCGGAUUUUAUGACCAGUAGUAAUUAAUUUGAAUAACAGCAAAUGUCUAUUCAUCAGUUUUAUUUAUUUCAGGGAUACCUCAAGUGAGGGAAAACUGCACUGUUUGUGAUGUUUCGUCUAAUAAUUUGUAUGAGAAAGAAGAAUAUCCGUAUAUCACGUUAAAUGAGGAUCAAAAACAAGUAGGCCCUCAAGAUACUAGAAAACUAUCCAUCCGUCAGUGCAUAUUACCAUUUGUACACCAUUGCCAAUGUAAAGAUCCAAAUUGUCGUUCAUCAACUUGUCAACGUGUGAAAAGAAUCAUACAGCACGUUAAAUUGUGUAAAAUUAAAUGUUAUGGUACCUGUCCAUUAUGUAAACGAUAUGUUGUUCUUUGCUUCCACCAUUCAAAGUAUUGUACUCAAUUCAAGUGUCCGAUAUUGUUCUGUUCAGAAAUAAAAGACAAGAUCAAACAACAACAACAGCAAGAAGUACAAUUAUUGAGGAGACAGACGGCUUUUAUUAAUACAGGUACUCUGGUGACAGAAAACACAGCAUUUGUCGGAGCUGCACCACAACAUAAUAUGCCAAUUCAAUCAAAAAUGAUACCUCACAAAGCUCCAGUAAUGGUUCCAAAUACCCAAUUACAAUCAAGUAAUGAUGCAGCAACAAUAACAGCAGCAGAAACAAUAACAAGUUUAACAGCAAAGGUAUAUGAACCUACCUCAACAACAAAUGAUAAUCAAUAAUCAACAAAAUACAAUGCUUCAACGACAACAAGUCAUGGGAAGCAGACCUCAGGGUAAGUAAUAAAAUCCUAAUCCUAUGCCCAAUUAAUCGUUGGAACAGUUGAUUAAUGCAUUACGCACCACUGGCCAUAGUCAACCUGAACAACAACAACGUCUCAGAGAAAUACUGAGGAGUAACCCACAGUUGUUAGCCCAAUUCAUCAGGAACCAACGACAAUAACAAAUGUUCUAACAACAACAAUAACAACUAGGUGGAGCUAUCACUCCUCCUAUGUAUCCUCAACAAAUGCAAGGGCAACAGCAACCUGGUCCCCAGGGUCCUAAUCAGCCUCAAUCAAAUAUGCAAAAUUGAAUUCAUUUAUAAUUAUGAAACAAAUUUGAGCUUAUUUAAAAUAAUGGCCUUGUUUCUAUUAUGUACAUUUAUUAAUGUAAAUAUGGCAGCUUAAAUUACAAAAUAACAAUUUAGUAAAGUAAUUUGAUUGGCAGUGUUGACUUAUGUAUGACUUGUAUAUAUUUGUUUUGCUAUUGUUGUUAUCUAGUUAGAGAAAUGUAGUUAAGGACGUUCUCAUUAACAUUGAAACCAUGAAAACAAUUUUAAUUUCCUACUUUAGUAAAAUAAUAUUUGUUGAUUUUUUUAAAUAUUAUUAAUGUGUAAUAUUUUAUUUAAAAUUGUGUACUCUUAGACAUUUUGUUAUUACAUAUAUUUAUUAUUAUAUUAUUAUAAUUAUUAUUAUUAUGUAUAGAAAUAUUAUUUUUUAAGGGAUAUAUAAUUUUUAAAAUGGGGAAUUGCCAACUAGAUGGUUUUAUCCAAUUUAUUUAUUCAAUGUUUUAUUUUUAUUUUUUUUGGAUACACAAUAUAUAUUAUAAUCUUUUAACAGCUUUUUAAGAUAGCCGUGUAAGGCUUCUUGUUUAUCUUAGUCUUUAAAUAACGUAACUUAAGGUUUUUUUUUAAUAUUAUUAUAUAAUUUAAGUUAUACAUUUAAAGACAUUGAGAGACAUUUGUUUCUAAUAAGAUUAAAAAUAUAUGUAGAUAUAUAUUUAUGUAUGGAACCAUUCUACUUAGUCAGACUAAAUAAAAUGUUAAUUAAUAUUUAGAGAGGCCACUGUAAUAAAUAAUUGUAAGAAAUUGAUAUAAAUAUGUUAUAAAUAGUUGCAUAAAAUUGAAAAGAAAAAAAACAUAUACAUAUUAUUAUAUUGACUUUGUAAAUAUACAUUAAAACCUUAAAAUAAGACAAUUAUACAAAUUGAUUAUAUAGUCAAUUAAAUAGUCAACCCGAACAACAUCUCAGACAAAUACUGAGGAGUAAGCCAUAGCUGUUAGCCAAAUUCAUCAGGAACCAACGACAAAGUCAAAUGUUCCAAUAACAGCAAUAAAGUGAAGCUAUUGCUCCUUCAAUGUAUCUUCAACAAAUGCAAGGGCAACAGCAACCUGGUCUACAGGGUCGUAAUCAGCUUCAAUCAAAUUUGCGAAAUUGAAUGCAUUUAUAAUUGUGAAAAAAAUCUAUGCUUAUUUAAAAUAAUGGUGUUGUUUCUAUUAUGUACAUUUAUUAGUGUAAAUAUGACAGUUUAAAGUACAAAAUAACAAUUGUGUAAAGUAAUUUGAUCGGCCGCAUUAACUUAUAUAUUACUUGUGUAUAUUUGUUUGUUGUCAUCUAGUUAGAGAAAUGUAAUUUCUUCUUAACUUUGAAACCAUGAAAAAACAUAAAAUAAUUAUCUUAACUAAAUUAUUAGUAAAAAUCAGUUUUAGAUAUAUACAGAGUAGUUCUCAAAAUAUUAUUAACUAACAUAAAAUGAAUUUAAGGAGCAAGAUCAUUUAUUGAUGUAUUUAUCAAGAAAUAAAAAUUCACAAACAUAUUUUCAUGUUCAAAUAAAAUAUAUGUUAAUGCUUAUCAAAAACAAUAAGUUAUAAUGUAGAACAAUAAUUGUAACUAGUAAAAAUAUAUUUACCCUUUUUCUAUGUAUUUUGUAUUUCUAAAAUAAGCCAUAAUAAUAAUUGUAUAUAAAAUUGUAUUAACACAAGGCAAAAUAUAUAGUUGUCAAUCAUAGAUAGAUUUCCUAAUGAGCACAAGUUUGUCUUUGCCCGACCCAUAUCAUAUUUUUCACUUUAUAAUUUGUCUAACUUGAUUAUUUAUUAUAAUAGCUUCUAUCAUUACAUUAGCCAAAAAUAAUUGGGGAAAUCAUGUUAUAAAUAAGGUACAGAAAUAUCCGACAUGUAAAUUUGUAAAAAAAUCUAUGUAUAUAUAUUAUAUAUUUUGUCAUGUGUUUUCACAUUUUUUUUUUUUAAUAAGUCAUGAAUUAUUAUUAUAUAAUAAUAAAAUAAUAAUUAUAAACAUAAAUAAAAUAAUAUUACAAGAAAUUAAAUUAUUCGAAAGACAUUACAUUUCGAUGUUUAAUACCAUUAGGUAAUAAUAAUUACACCCUUUUAUAUAUUAACAUUUAUAAUAUACAUAGGUGAAUUAAAAAAUGAAAUGCAUAAAAAAGUAUUUUCAUAUUUAUCAACAUCACAUUUGUAUAACUCAGUCUUUGCCGGGUCAAAAUUUACAUUAUUAUAAUCAUUAUCGUCAUCGCCAUUAAAAAGUAUCUAAUAACAAUAAUGCAAAAAAAAAAAUGUGUAUAUAUAUAUUUAUAAAAUAAUCAUACUUAUUAAAUAUUGAGCAUCUAAAUAAAAAUAAUUCAUACAAAUUUUAACACUACUGAAUAUUUUUUUUAUAAAAAGAAGAUAAUAUAUAUUUUGUCAAUGUUCAAAAAAAAAAAAAUUAUAAUAAUAAAAAAAUACACUAAAUGGGAAGAAAAUAAAUUUUAACAAUGUUUUAUUUUCUGUUAAAUCACAGAUUAGCUUAUAUAAAGUUUUUUAAGUUAUUAUUUAUCAUCUCUAUAGUUAGCGAGUCGUCUUGAUGGCAAUAAUGGUGAUUGAGAAGGAGACCCAUAUCCUUCUUCCACGUCUUCGUAGUUCUUAUCUCUUCCAAAAUCUAGUCUUAUUUGGACAGGAUUUGCAUUAUCAGGAGUAUCAUUUUUAGAUUUAGAUUCUUCAAUUUGAAUGUUUACAUUUUUGUUAUCUAAUUCAUUUUCGUUAGGUACAGACUCAUUCUGUGCAAAUUUGAUUACAAUUUCUGCAGUUUUAAUUUGCAAUUUUAGAAAAGAUGGGUCUAACUGAUUGUUUUGACAAACAGCUGCUUGGCUACAUUCACCUUCAGUAUUUUCUCCUUGAGUUUUACCAAUCUGUAUGUGCCACGAUGUUCCGGUGUCAUUAGAAAUUGACUUUUCAACAUCUUCUGGUUCACAAUUCUCUUUCUCUUGAAAUCGAAUUGGAUUGUCUUCAUUGUUGAAAAAUAUAUGAACAUUACGUACACCUUUGAGAUCGAUGCUAGUUUCAUCAUUUUCAAUAGGUGGUUUAUAAGGUACAAUUGCAGUAGUUACUUCAUUAUUUUCAACUGAAGUACUCUCGGCAACAUCAAUGAGCACAUUUUGAUUUUUACUUGGUUUUUCAGGAGCGUUUUGUACAUAUAUUACUCUGAAAUAAAAUUAAUUUAUAAUUACAUUUUAUUAAAUUUUUGUUUUGUUUUUAAUCAUUAAAUUAAAAUACCUGUUAUAUGCUUUCCAUCUUUGGCAAAGCAUAAAAUAUGAUUUACAUUGGAUGUACAUGAAAACAACCCCACCAGUAAAACCAAUACUAACAACGAUGAGUUUGGUCCAAAAUGGCCAUUCUAAAAGACCUUUUCGAACUUCAUCUAUUGUGCGAUCCAAGAGCACAAACAGAGACCAACAAACACAACUAAUGGCUAUUAUAUGAAAAAUCAUUGCGCACACCAAUUUUUUACGUUCCAUACAAGUCAAUUCUAAAUGCUCCCACUGUAAAUGUAUGAUCAUAAUUAGAUAUUAAACCUACUCAAUACUUAGGUAAAUAAAUAGUUUAAUAAUAUAAAUUUACUUCAUUGAAAGGCUUAAUUUUUGUUUGCAUAAUGAACUGAAAUUUACAUAAUUCACAGCAUCGAAUAUUUGAUGAUUUAAUCCACUGUUGCAAACACAUUUGAUGAACAAAUCUUAAUGAGCCAUUGCAAUAACAUGGUGCUAUUAAGGGUGAAUCAAUAUCACCUUCACAAUGACAUAUUCUAAAAAA